AUGUCUGGUGAAGAAGCAACAGAUGAACGGCCAAAUAUUUCACCAACUGAUAGGUUUAAAAUUGAAACAUUUAAUUAUAUACAUGAUAUUUGUGCAAACAGCUUGGAUAAACGGUUUAUAAGUAAUACAAAAUUACUAAGCGAUUGCAUUUGCCUGGAUCCUAAACAUUUUAAUUCGAUAAAAAAUGAAGUACCUGCAAAUGCGUUACUAGAACUUUCAAUUCUAACAACUAUUGAUAGAAACACACUUGCAUAUGAAUUACAAAAAUUUGCUUUACAGUUUAAUUCUAUUACUAAAACUUUUGAAGCUACUUUCACAUAUUAUUUAACUGAAGACUCCCAAUUUCCUAUUUAUGAACAUGAACUAGAUUUAGACGAAGAUCAAGCAUCCGUAAUUGAUCCAUCCAAUAAUUGUAAAACAUGCAAUAACUGUUUACGUUGUUCUUUCAAUGUGUUACAUAAUAUAGUUCAACAGUGGUUGUUUUAA